AUGGCCCUCAGCUCAGCUGGCUGCAGUGACCCAUUUUACAUGCCACAGGCACACUGGUGUGUGGAUCUUGCUCCCUAUGUGAUCAGUUUAGAGGCUGGGCUGGCAGACACAAAAGUCAGGGUGCCAGAUGUGUACACCAGCUCCUUUCUUGGAGACUCUGGCAACCUGGAACAGAAGGAGAGCAUGAAGCUCAUGUGUUCGUCAGUCCAGAAAGCCCUGUUUGAGGAGGAGGACCAUGUUAAGAAGCUGCAGCAGAAGGUGGCCACCCUUGAGAAACGGAACAAGCAGCUUCGGGAUCGGGUGAAGAAGGUCAAGAGAUCGUUGAGGCAGGCCCGGAAAAAUGGUCGCCACCUGGAGCUGGUGAACCAGAAGCUCAGCGAGAAGUUAGCAGCUGCGGCAGGUGCCAUCCCACACAUUAAUGCCCUGGGGCAGGAGCCACCAGGUGCCACCUACCUGCGGGGGUAACAGGGACUGAGUAGUGGCCUUGCCUGGCCCUGCUGGAGCAUGCCACCUCUUACCAGGGAAUGUAAAGUGAUGGCAGGUUUGUGCACAUAGGUCAAAAAGUCUUGUAGAUGAUGUUUUUAAUAUGAAUUUGGUAGCGCCUAGUUGCUUUAAGGGGCAAGUCUUGCUAUUUCCUUGGUUGCUGGGCUCCUUCCCCUCCCUGCCUUGCUGCCAGGCUGGCUGCUCGCAAGGCCAGAACCAGCAAAAUCCUAGAGUGUCAUGUACUUGCCUGGAACCUGUCCUCAGCUUUCAGAAACACCCUGGAAAGCGUACUUACUGUGGAAGGAGCAUUUUAGAAUCUCUAGAUGUAUAAGAAUCAAGAGGUUCAGCCUUAAUUCGGAAGAGCAGCAGUAUGAUCUCAGCUCGGAGCUCCAGGACCACCAAUAGUUUUGAGGAGGGGUCUGCAGCAAGUUGUGGAACCUCCUGGUGUCUUAUUUGCCACAGUUUUGGAAGGAGGAUUUCAGUCUUGCAAAGCACCCCAGGAUGCCUGUAAAUAAACAUGUGCAUAGUGCCCCUACUCCAGCCAGCAUUUCCUCAGAGCUGAGGCAUUGUAAGCCUUAAUAUAAGGUCAUAACAGGUAGUGUAUUGAGUUGGGGGGGGGGGUAGCAGUUAGUUGAACAAGAUGAAUUAUAGCACCUAAAGAGGAUACCUGUUGGUCACCUUAAUCUAAAGGGGAAUUGCUUUUACAGACUGGCCAUGUUUGAUCAAACCAUGUACCAGAGUUGGAAGAGUCUGACCAAUAUCUCAGCCAUUUGCUAAGUGCUAACAUUGCUUGUUCAUUAACUCCUUCCAGUGCCUCUGAUUUGGAGGUGAGUUGACCCAGGACACUGUUAACGUCUAUUCUGCAAAGACACCUUCUUACCUAAUAGAAUCACGUUUCCCAUCCAGGCAGUUCUACAGAGUCUUGCCAUAAGCAUUUUCACUGCAAACAUUUUUGCCAUGUAACUCAUUAGCUGUACGAUAACGUUGCUGUAAGAGAUAAAAUAAUUGAUAAUUUGGUUUCAUUUCUCCAUUGACAGACUUCCCAUUUUUAUAUUCCAUGAAUCUUAGCCCUCCUACUAGUCAAUACAGUGACCAAUACACAUGGUGGUCUUAAGAUAGUGGAUGAUAACUACAUAUAUAGACUUGAUAGAAAGUACAGUAAGAAAACUAGCAGUGUGAAAUGAAACCGUAAGGUCGGAUUGCAUACCGAACUAUCAUGCAGAAUGGUAAUUCAUUAGGUAAAAUAACUCAGCUAGAAAAGCAUUACAACAUCUAUCAAGAAGGCUUCCAUCAUACAACACAAACCUCAGUUACAAAUGUGCAUCCCAGUAUUUAGAAAACGGACACUUCUCUUAAUGUGGUAUAAAAAUUAUUUCUUCAUUAUGUCCUUCUUGAGGUCUCAGUUUUUGUUAUUUUAUCUUUUAUGGCCAAAUGGCCUACGGACCAGUGAGUUAUGCAGUGAAAACUCUUGUGGCAAAUAUGCCUAGGGUGACAUGGUUCCAGGCAUUCCAAGCACUUUCACGGCCCAGGACUGCCCAGCCCUGGGAGGAAUGUUUGCACAUGAGUCUACAUGCCAAUGCAUCUAGUUUUGUACAUAAUCAGAGCUCUUCACCCUCUUUGGAAAGAAAGCUUUAAGGACAGUACAAGCAAAAGGAGUAUCCACUAGAUCUAACAUCUGAGCCCUUACUUUAGUAGCAUUUGAUCUAGUCCCAGUUGUGUUAUUCAGAAGGAAGCGGAGUGGUCAUCUUGUAAGUGUCUUCUGAUGGACUUCCAACUCUACAAGUCUCCCUUCUGUGCUGUUCCAGAUGGAACCUGCAAAUUUCUCAUUAGGAAAUCUCCCCAUAGGUCACCCCAGAUACUUGAAUGCCUGAUGAUGAUGUCCUUUCCCUGGGAAAUGGCUAUUACACUGUCAGAUUUCCCUUCCACGGCCUGUAGUUAAUCCACGUUCUUCUUGCUCCGGCAGUUGGUUGGGAGGAUGGACUUGUGUCACUUGAGAGGCAAGCUGAUGCUCAAGGGGAGAAGUCUACACUCUGGACUGGAUGGAAGGGCAGCUUUUGCUUCAUUUCCAAGCUUCUUCCGCUCCUUGAUUGAUUAGCUAUAUUCUUUAUAGUAUGGUACAAUGGUUUAUUCUUUCUGGGGUCAUUUCAUUAAAGCACUUUUGCUUCCACCCAAGGGACUGACAAGCCUAAGGGUGAUUUAUAGCUAGUGUUUUGAGAACUGUGGAACUGGAUCCCUACAGAUGCAUUAUGUCCUACCUUUUUAAUAAAUAUGAGCAGUAUUUCAGCCACAA